UGCGCUGGGUUAUAUACAAUACGUGUUGUCGCGUCUCCGCUGUCUGACCGACGAUCGGCGUUUUGACGACGCUACCAGCAUGACCAAGGUGGAUUCCAGCAAGUACAUGGAACUGUCGACGAUCGGGGAACAAGUAUUCGCCGCUGAGUUCAUCGAAAAACGUCGAAUUCGCAAAGGUCUUGUUGAAUAUCUAGUAAAAUGGAAAGGUUGGUCAAGCAAAUACAGCACAUGGGAACCGGAAUCAAACAUUCUCGACGCCCGGUUAUUGCAGGCGUUUGAAACACAGCGACAAGCUAGAUUGCAAGUUCGAGGUUUCCGGGGAAGAAAACACAAGAGUCGUAUUUAUAACUUUAACAAGUUCUCUUUACGACAGAGAAAUUACAAAGACAAAAUAGAUGUGAAGAAAUGUUCCGAGGAAGAAGACGAUGACGAUGAUGACGACACAGAAAUAGAGGGUUCAGACAAUGACGUCGCACAUUGCAGCAAUAUUCGACAUGGUGCUAGGAAAAAAAUGAAAAUGAAUCAUUCGCGGAAUGUAUAUGAGAACACUGAUGAUUCGAAUCACGGGCAUAUGGAUUCGGGCGAAUCCAUAAUCCAUAAUAAUAACAACAAUAAUGACGUGGACCAUAAAGACGGGAAAAUAACAGACACCAUGAAUGGCAAAACAAGCAGAAACGAAUUGUCAAAAGGUUCAACAAAAUCAUCGCGUCUUUGCAGUGUUAUUAGAUCGACAGAUAGUCUCAAAUUAACAAUUGUUGCCACCGAGAAGUCGCAAACUAACGAGAAGUCAGAACGCAAGUAUUCCCCUCUGCAUACGGACAAACAAAAUGGAUGCAAUAGGAAUUUUCAUUAUAGCGGCGAUAGUGGUCAUGGAAACGAGGUGAGCCAACCAAUCGCAUUCGAGCCACCUUUGACACCAAUAUCGGAAGAAGACUGCGUUAAAAACGAAAGGCUGGAUGCACAGAAUGAGGCACCUACAACAAGAAAUGCGGGAAGUGACGUCAGCAGACCGAAGUUCUUUGAUUAUUAUGGUGGCUUUGAAUAUAUCGACUGGAAGCCAAAUGUACCCAGCAAUGACGUCACGGUAACGGACGUAACAGCGCAAGACGUAACGAUCACUAUCAGAGAAAACGCCACCGGCGUUGCUUUCAUUGCGACGAAAUGACCUACCGUGCAAUAUGGCCUGGCCUUGACAUAUUGACGAGUAUCCAUAAUGUGAAACUGUUGUUACAACAUAUGGGAGGAUCGUUUUGUAACUGGUGGUGUUAAUUCUGAAGAUUCUGUCGCAUUUGGGCGAUAUAGGGUGUUGGGGACGGGGUGAACAAACUAUGCUUGUAUAUUUCAUACAGUAUUCAUACUUUAUUUUACAUAUUUCAAUACUCACGUGUACGUAGAAAACUUGGAAAUAGACUCGAAUGGAUGGGAUAUUGUAUAAAUAAGUAUUAAAGUGAAAUAUUAAACAAAUAUAAUAAUAUGCA